AUGAGAAAGAGGCAACUGGAUGCAAAUGUGGCCUUGGUCAAAGCUUCUGGUGACACCCUGGCCCCAGUGACUUUCCAGGAAAGGUUUUUGACAGUGGCAACCAGCCACACUGCUGCCUUCUGCAAAGCAGUGGAGCAAGGGUUGAAAGGACCCCUGGGGUUUCCAGUGGAUCCAAAGCAAGACCCUGGGUUGCAGCAAUUGUGCUCCAAGGGCUGGCCUUUCCUUGUUUUGAGCAAUGCAGUGGAAGUGAAAUGGCCCCAGCUGCCCAGCUACAUUCAAUCAGCUUUGAGUGCAGUGAACAACUCCUACCAGCAGAUGACUGAGAUCGAAGCUGCAAGUCAAAUGUGCGAGUACUUGAACCAUGGAAUGGCCUUGAAGGAAGCUUUGCAAAAAGUGCAGGAAUGUGACCCCGCUUGCAAGAGGUCUCUGGAAGCCAUUGCAUGGUUUGUCUCCAGGUAUGCAGGAGAGAGGCAAUGCCUAGUGAAGUUCUUGGCUCACUUCAGUAAGACCUAUGGGUCACUGCUUCUGGGGGAAGAGGUGAUGAAGUCCAUUGCCUACAUGGAGUUCAAAGGCUCUACCUCCUUGUACCCUUUCCUGAGGACAGCACUGUGGGCUUCAAUGAUGUGCAGCAACCGAUCCAGUGAUGGAUACUCCAAGCUCCUGAACAAGUCAGAUUGUGAGAAGCUGAAGAAUGCUGCUUUCAAGGCUCAAGUGGACAUGGCUGAGCAAGCUUUGGCAGAUGGCUGGGAAGUGAUCCAGAAAUCUACUGCUGAACAAGCCACCAAAUUGGCUGCCUUUGGGAGAUUGUGUACCAGACUGACUUUGCAUGUCUUGAAGAAAGAGAAGCAUGGCAGAGAACCAGCUGGACAUGAAAGCAUCAGUGCUAUUUGCAUACUGUUUGCUGCUGAUUUGGCUGGUGGAGCUAAACCAAGUGUCAGAAAGGAAGAGGCCAAGCCCACUGUUGAACUGGAGGUGAAGAAUGUCUUGGCCAGUACACCUGCUGAGCUAGCACUGUUGCAAAAUCCGCACGUGAAGCAGGGCCAAUUGUACACAUGUUCAAAGGAGCAUGGAAACAAGAUUUGGACUUUCUUGAACAGCAGCGCAAGCAAAGUGAAAUUCUCUCACCAGCCAGUGUUUGGCCCAGCUGAAAGCAUUGAAGUGGAAUUUGAGAAGCUGAAGGAGUGGAAGGUGUGCAAGUCAGCACCUCCAGAGAAAUGCCACCAUUUGAAAGCUCUUGCACACAUGGCAGUUGCCAAUGGUUCUGCAAUUGUGGCUUUAGAGCUGCGGAAAGCACAUGUGCAGAAGACUUUGCUGCAAGUGUGUGUUGACCAAAUGGUUGGUCCUGAGGAUGUAGCCUUCAGCAACCGCCCCAACUUGGUUUGGUCAGUGAAGAAGGUGAAGAAAGGAGCAUUGAAAUUGUUCCCAGCAGGCACUGUCACCAAAGUGAAAGACACACCAGUUGGAGGCAAGCAUUACAUCAAGGCCUUUGGGCACCAUUGGCUUGUUCAGCCUUUCAAAGCUUUGACUGACUUCAAGAAGGGUGAAGGUGUUCUG